AUGAAUUUUAAGCAACUUUUCAACCUUUUACUGUUUCUACUGAAUCUCCAUUCUAUCGCUGGUCACUUUAACAUCUUGCUCGAUUCGACGGAAGUGAAGAAAUUAAUGGGCUUGGAUACGGAGUUGUAUUACGUGAAAAAUGGAAUUGUCAACAACUAUGCGGUGGGUUAUGUGUUGACGGUGAACAAUACGAUCGAGGAGCUCGAGUUUACGUGGCAGAAUUUGGCACAACAAGCGCUGCAUUAUAAGAUUUCCAUUGAGUAUAAUCUCACGCAAAAUGCAUUGGCGCCGCCUUCGUUGAGCAUUCCGUCAAAAGGAUUCUUGCCGUUUUCGAAAAGAACGUUUUCGCUGCACUUGCAUUGCUUUGGAAAUGUGUCACAACAGGUGGAUAUGCAAGUUCACUUUACGAUUGUCGGGUCUACGGAUGAGGGAGAGGUUAAUUUUAGUGUGAAGAGGAAUAAGAUUUGCUUGGAGCAUGGAUUGAAGUUGAAAGAUGUCGCCCUAUCACAAACAACAAAAACCAUCAAACUCAACCACGAGGACGACUCGAGUGCAUUUGUCGCUGCAACUUUUACCUUUUUCAUCACAAUGACCUUGGCACUCGCUGCUGGCAUCUCCUAUUUCCGCAACAAAAAACGCUCUUACAUGUCAUCGCCGACAACUUUUCGUGCGACAUACGCCAAUGCUGGUUACAAUGGACCACAAAGUGUUAUUAUCAAGCUAGAUCCGAACUUUCGACCUUCGAGCGUGGCAUCGGGAUCUUAUGCGACAAUUGCUAGCUUGAAUAAAUAUCAAAUGCCGGACAUUACGAAGACGACUUAUAGUUGGUUUCGAGGUCCUUCACCUUAUGCGACGACAAAUCUCAACGGAGAGUACCAAGAACCGCAUUUAUAUGACAAAGCAGAGUCUGUGGCUUCUUCUAAGAUAUCUUAUUAUGCCUCGUCGCAAGUUACGCAAGUCUGUACUUUGUCAACUCCAUCGAAAAGUCUUCAUAGCAGGGCUUCGCAUAACAAAAAACUCAACACGGACAAGUUAAAAGCGAUGGCAGUUGCUUCAGAUUUGAUAGAAACCGAUAUUUUGCUCCAUCAAGGCACUUACGGAAGAAUUUUUCGAGGAAAUUUGCACGAAGGUGUUGGGCAACUGCGUCCUGCGCUCGUAAAAACCGUCGUCGAGAAUGCAACUCUUACGCAAGUCUCAUUCCUGCUUGCUGAUGCUUCCUUACUCGCCGAUAUGCAGCAUCCAAAUUUACUUUUUCCCAUUGCGGCAUUCGCGGACUUGUCGGGACCACCAAAAGUCGCGUAUGACUUGCCAAAAGACAAUUUAAAGUCCUAUUUGACGAAUUAUCGCGACGGAAUUCACAUUGCGAACGGCAUCCCGCUGAAUACGCGUCAAUUAGUCGACAUUGCCUUGCACAUCACACGCGGUUUGCUCCACAUGCACAACAAUAAUUUGCUGCAUGGCGAUAUUGCGACACGAAAUUGCUGGAUUACAAUCGGGGCGAACGUUUGCAUCGGCGAUAACGCGCUGGCGAAGGAUUUAUUCUCGGCGGAAUAUCAUUGCACGGGCGACAACGAGAAUCGACCGAUCAAAUGGAUGUCCUUGGAGGCGCUGGAACGACGUCAAGUCACCACGGCAUCGGAUGUCUGGCAAUUGGGCGUCUUAUUUUGGGAAUUGGCGACAUUGGCAACGAUCCCCUACGAAGAAGUCGAUGCUUUUGAACUUUUACCUUACUUGUCGGAUGGAUUUCGACUGACACAACCUAAAAAUUGCCCGGAUAAAUUUUUCAGAAUCAUGUCGUCAUGUUGGUCCGCAGAUCCCGAUUAUCGCCCGACCCUCAUCCAAAUGCUCACUUACUUGCAUGAGCUCUUCGAUGACCUCGGAAAAUACAUUUAAACACACCGGAAGACUUUAACUUUUCACAUUAGAUGCCAAAAAACAUUGAAUUAGAACAACACGUGCUCAAAAAAUGCACAGAAAAUGGUUAAAAAUGCACA